UCACUCGAUUAUUAGAACUCUCAGUACAUAGUCUCCCUCUUUAAUUUCAUUGAUUCGAUAAGUGUUGGCUCACAAUGAUUGAGUAUCAAAAAUAAGUGCUGUGUACUAAGGAAAAAAAAUGAAACCUGUCUAUCUUUAUAUAGUUGUGGUCUGGUCAACCACAAGCGUUUUUGGUCAAACUAAUAUAAGCAGCACCAACGUAACAAGUGACUAUCCUGAGUUGAAAGAAGAUUGGGAGUAUUGUUUGGAGUUCACAUGGUUUGGUCCAGAUUACGACAAUAUCACCCACAGAUAUAAUGGGACAUGUGAUGAUUACUUGGAAGAGAAAAGGGCCAAAGAUAUACCUUGUACACCACCAAUUGUAAUCUCUUAUGAUGGUUCGAAACCUAAUAUGGAUUAUCUCUGGGAGAAUCACAAAACUAGCAUUUUAUGCAGAAGAACUACAAACCAGCGAUGCGUGAAGUAUACCUAUUACUUCAAUAAUCGAGUGAAUAACAUAACUUACAUGUGUGCGAAAGUACAUUAUAGCUCUGGAUCUGUAGCAACUGGCGAUUUCUGCUACGAGCAAGAAUUACCGGAAGGAUACAAGACCGAAAUAUGCGUUUGCAAAUCUGGAAAGGGUACAAGAUACAGACCAUGCAACUCAGCUUCUUCUACAGCUAUCAGUUUAUUUGUGGUUCUUCCAUUCGUGGUUUAUCAGAUUUACGCGUUAAUAAAAAAGUUUUUGUGAAUUAUUGAAAUAUAUUGUAUUGUCUUCGUUUAGGAUUUCUGCUUUUACUUCUGACGUUCUCGUGAAAUUGAAUAGUUUAUACUUGUAGUCACAACUCUUUUAUCCAAUCUGCAAUAAGUAUAAGGAAAGUCACUAUUUACUAAUUUAUUUGAAUGGAUUGAAAGUAUGCAUGGUUGAAUUUGUUGAAAUCAUGCAAAUAUCAUAUUUAAAAAUAUAAACUAAGUUACUGAUAUACUAAAUCUAACAUCAAUUCUGUGUUUUGACUACCAACAUGACCUCAUCGAUAUUACUAGAGUUUUAUCCCAAGAUUAAUUUAAUUUUCCUCUUGAAGAUGGUGACUUGAUGAUUGAAACACGUACCGAGGUGUUAAAAAUAACGUUUUGGUCUUGGAUAAAACUCCAGUAAUAUUCAUUACUACACCAAACAUUCCAAAUAGUGCAUCACAUUGACAUCAUCAGGACAAAUAAAAUCUCAUACAAAAACUUCUCUCA